GAAGCUUGGGCAGGAAGGGCAUUCCUGCUCAGGAUCUAGCUUGGGUAUGAAGUUCUUCACCAUGGUCAUCCUGGCCGGCAGCGUCCUGCCCGAGGCCCGCAGCAGCCUGCUUAACCUGAAGUCCAUGGUGGAAGGCAUCACGGGGAGGAACGCCAUCCUCUCCUUCGUGGGCUACGGCUGCUACUGUGGGCUGGGAGGGCACGGGCUGCCCAUGGACGAGGUGGACUGGUGCUGCCACGCCCAUGACUGCUGCUACCAGAAGCUCUUUGACCUGGGCUGUCACCCCUAUGUGGACCACUAUGAACACACCAUAGAGAAUAAUACUUCGGUCAUCUGUAGUGAGCUCAACGAGACGGAGUGUGACAAGCAGACAUGCGAAUGUGACAAGAGCGUGGUUCUGUGUCUCCGGAACCAGACGUACAACGAGAAGCAUCGCAACUAUCUGAACAUCUACUGUCAGGGUCCCACGCCCAACUGCAGCAUCUAUGAGCCCCCUCCGGGGGAGGUGGCCUGCAGACACUUCUCCCCUGCUCCCCCCGCACCUCCCUAGUGCCCUCUGGGGACCAGACAGAUGCAGGGGGAGGUGGGGAUGAGACCGGGAGCCUGGGGGACUGCCUGGCUGCUUCUUCCCUGGAGCCUCCCCACCCCCCAGGAGAUCAGCCCCAGAGGACUCGGGAAGGCCUGUGGCCCCCAGGCUCAUCCGGCCCAACCCUGAGCGUGGCCGUGGCCCGCUGCGUGAGUCCUUGACUUGGCAGGGACGUCUCCUGUGUAUGGAAGGCAGGGCCUGAGAGAGAAGAGGUGGGGGUCCUCUGAGGGGGGCCCCUGGCCCUGGCCCCAGGCUGACUUCCUCAGCCUGGCCCUCAAGGUGGGACCCUGAGGCCUUAGACACCAAGAUCCUGAGCUGCGGGCACAGCCCCAGAGCUUGGUGUGUCCUCAGACAGGUUCCCAGACCAACAGCGUGCUGGUCCCAAGGCCUGGGCUCUGGAGGCCUCUUGGCUGCUCCUAGGCAAUAACUCAGGGUGAUCCUUGCUUUUUCUCUAGAGCCCCAGGGUGGGUGGGUGACCCAGAGUCCAGGCCCAGACUUCACAGGAUGGCCACAGUGCUUAGCCUUUCAGCCCCCAACUCUGGCCUCAGGGCAGUCUCCAGGGCACUGACAGAACCCGCAUCCUCAGCGGCACGCCCCUCGGUGCAGGGUGACCAAGACGGGGGCACAAAUAUGUCCCCCAGCACUCACAGGUCUUCCCCCGCCUCCCUGCUGAGCCGGCCCUGCAACACUGCAUGGCUCUGAGGAGCACCCAAACCCAGGCUCCUGGGACCCUAACCGAUGUGAGGGGACAGGGCCGUUCCCCCUCCUGGCUCCCCCCACCCCGCAGCAGCUAGGCCAGUGGGUGGAAAGACCCCAGACCCCUCUCUCCCUGGCAGGGAGAGGCGAGGCUGCACCCUGGGGUCAGAAGCCCUCUCAAUGGGGAGGAGGCCGAGGGCUGGGACCCACCUCCAUGAAGGGGGAAACAAAGGCAGGAGGGACCAGGUCCAGGUAGGAGGCUGUGGGGAAGAUUCAGGAAGGCAGCGGGGAGGGAGCCACAUGCUGAGGGAAGGGAGGGGAGAAGGCAGGACAAGGUGAGGCGUCCAGACCAGAGUGGUCUGGGCAGGAGAAGCGGGCUAAAGGAACCUGGGGCGCAGGGCCCCCCUUGGGCCCAGGUUCCCAUUUGGCCGGGGGCUUGUGGGCAGAGGUGGAGGAGGGUCAGCCUCUGCGGGGCCAGCUUUCUGGACCCUGCGCCAGCUCUGCUGUUUCUCCAGGUGCGCCCUCCCCUGUCCCGCCUGCCUCACCUCUUGACCUCAAGCUCAGCGGCCUCCAAGAAGCCAGCAUGCCCUGCGUCACCCUGAGGACCCACUGGCAUAGCACUGUGACCCACCUGGACACCAAGAACAGCCGCCAGGAGCUUGGCCCGCCCUGCCAGGACCCUGUAGACCACUGUCCCCAGGGAUGGUCCAGAAAGCCAGAGGCGAGAGGGGCAUGGGGGUGGGAAGAGAAUGUCUACCCCCCAAAUGGCAGGACUGGGCAGAAGCCUUGCCCAGCUGCAUCUUCUAGAACACCGGGCUUGGGGACUGAGGAUGAAGCUGUUGGUUGGCGUUGGCUGUCACUAUGCGUGGGAGGAGACCCUUCCACCACUCACCUCCCGCUGACUGGCGUGGCCUGGUGGCUGUGGUCCCCUGUGAGCCUCAUCACUGACAUCUUCCAGCUAAUGAACUACCCUCUCCUGGCCAUCUUGGGCGGGCCCAUUAUCUCUGAACCAGAGCCCCCACCAAGCCAGGGGUGGAGUCACGAUGGGGCACCCAGAGUCCCCACUGGAGGUGGGGUGUGCAGAAGCCUUCGCCCCUCACCCGUGGGAGCCCAGCUUUCUGGCUGCGCCCCUCUAGCUUGCACAAACCUGCACUCCGGAGAGUUUGGGCCCAUGUGUUGGGACGAGAUUCUGCUGCCAAGUCUUGCCUGCCCCACCCCCCGCCUUGCUCCGGCCUGUCCAGGAUGCUGCACCCCAGAGACACUCCAUAGGACUCAGCAACCCCUCCUCAAUCUAA